AAAUAUAGCUGCCUUAAAGUCAGUCAGGACUGCAGGGGGGACUUAAAACUACUGUUGAGAAACACGGAGACUUGAGUUUCUUUUUUGUAAACAAUUUCUGCAUACUAAGGCUUUUAGAGACUUUGUCUAUGUAAUGGACUGGAUUAAAAAGUGGACUGUUUUGUUGAGGAACAUGGAAUAAAUCAGAAAGAGGAAUUAUGUCAGUAAAGUAACUGCCAUAGAUUUUUCUUCACAGAUUUCUGACAAGGAAAGUUCAACAUUUUGUUCAACAGCUGGCCAUAAGUUGCUCCAACAGAAAUGAUAUGCCACUUGUCUCUUUUAGUUGUCCUCAGUCUUUUUGUGUCUCAGUGCCAUGGCGGCUGUGCGGAGGUGGACUCCCUCACUGAAGCUGUGGCAGGAGAAGGAUUCCUGCUGGGCUGCAUCUCCUGCAAAAGAAGAGAGGAAGUUCUUGCUCGAGCCACCAUAGACUGGCACUUCAAACCCCUGGGAGAGGAGGAGUUCAGGCAUAUUUUCCACUACAACCACCCUAGUGCUGAGAUCCUGCAUGAAGAUUUCAGCGACCGUCUGCAGUGGCAAGGGACACAAAACAGUGAUAUUCAGACAGGAGCCAUUUACAUUCAUAAAGUCACCUUCAAUGACACGGGGACAUACCGCUGCACUUUUCACCGCACCCUCUUCCUGCCACAGGUCAAUGAGCAUGUUACCAUAGAGAAGGAGGUGGAACUCAGCGUGGUGGCUGUGGCCAAUCCGGAGCUGACAGCAGUGAUCUCAGAGAUAAUGAUGUACGUGCUGAUCGUGGUUCUGCAGCUGUGGCUCAUUGUGGUUCUGGUCUACUGUUACAAGAAGAUUUCGGAUGAGCAUGAGGCUCGGGAGGCCCGUAAAGCUCUCAAGGCUCAGGCAGAACUGUUAGAAUCAAAAGACAACUGUGACGGAGUGCAGCUAGAGUAACAUUAGCGGUAGAAGGAUCCUCUCUGCAAGAGUUAAGCUUCAUUACUGCACCAUUAAAUGUCAGUGACACAGGGUAUAUAAGGUGUCCCAUGGCACAACGAAACAAUUAAAGUGGGCUUUAAAGGUUUUUGAAAACAAAUGGUCCUCAAUGUAGGAAAUCAGUUUGAAUAUAUAUAUAUAUAAAUAACAGUCAAAUUAGCACAGUCCAAAGUAAUGUUUUUACAUUUUAUGUAAUGUCUAAUGUUCUAGUGAAACGAAGCUACCCAUUUGUCCUGGUCCAUGUCCAAGUUUGAAAAAUGAAGCAGAAUAAAGUGAAUGUUUUUGUAAAUCA